CGCACGCACGCGGCUUCCUUCGUGUGUCUCGCGAGAAAAUAAGUAAAUUCCGAGAACUAAAUAAACCGGGGCUAGCUUGGUGGGCGGGAGGCGGGAGACGGAAGCGGCUUCGGCCUCCCGAGCCCCAACCUCUUCGGAUUGGUUUUUGCGGCUGCACACGCGCGGUUGUUCUGCGGUCGGGAGUCAGGGCAGCGAUGGCGACCUUUGUGAGCGAGCUGGAGGCGGCCAAGAAGAAUUUGAGCGAGGCGCUGGGCGACAACGUGAAGCAAUAUUGGGCUAACCUGAAAUUGUGGUUCAAGCAGAAGAUCAGCAAAGAAGAAUUUGACUUGGAAGCUCAUCGGCUCCUCACACAGGAAAAUGUACAUUCCCACAAUGAUUUCCUCUUGGCUAUUCUCACUCGUUGUCAAAUUUUGGUUUCUGCACCAGAGGGUACUGGGUCAUUACCCUGGACAGGAGGUUCUGCAGCUAAACCUGGAAAGCCCAAAGGAAAGAAAAAACUGUCUUCAGUUCGACAGAAAUUUGAUCAUAGAUUCCAGCCUCAAAAUCCAUUGUCAGGAGCCCAGCAGUUUGUGGCAAAGGAUCCACAAGAUGAUGAUGAUUUGAAACUAUGUUCUCAUACAAUGAUGCUUCCUACUCGGGGCCAACUGGAAGGGAGAAUGAUAGUAACUGCGUAUGAGCAUGGGCUGGACAAUGUCACUGAAGAGGCAGUGACUGCUGUUGUCUAUGCAGUGGAGAAUCACCUUAAAGAUAUUCUGACAUCAGUGGUUUCAAGAAGAAAAGCUUACCGUUUACGGGAUGGUCACUUUAAAUAUGCAUUUGGUAGCAAUGUGAAUCCACAGCCUUACCUCAAGAAUAGCGUAGUAGCAUACAAUAACUUAAUUGAAUGCCCUCCAGCGUAUUCAGCUCCUUCCGCUGGUCAGAAUCCAGCUUCACACCCACCUCCUGAUGAUGCUGAGCAGCAGGCAGCUCUCCUGUUGGCGUGUUCAGGGGAUACUUUGCCAGCUUCGUUGCCUCCUGUAAACAUGUAUGACCUUUUUGAAGCUUUACAGGUACACAGGGAAGUGAUUCCUACACAUACAGUAUAUGCUCUGAACAUCGAAAGAAUCAUCAUGAAACUCUGGCAUCCAAAUCAUGAGGAGCUACAACAGGACAAAAUUCAUCGGCAACGUUUGGCAACAAGGGAGGGGCUGCUGCUCUGCUGAUGGAGCAGCUGUGAUCCGAGGGUUGUGGAACUCUUAGCAAAUCGAUGGCUAAGAACUGGAUUUUUUGUCUACAUUUCAAGGCUGAAAUGUGCAGUGCAUAACCACUUCCUAUGGAAAUGACUUAUGUUUAAUGUAUUUAUGUGCUACUAUGAAGCCAUAGCAUAAACGUGACCUUUGUUAAUAAUCCAUCUCUUUCUGAUAUCACCCCCUCCCACUUCCUUGCCCAAAUCAGAAACUGUUUCUGCCAUUAGGAUUCAAAGCUGAUUCGUUUGAGAAAUUCAGUACCAAGGACUAGCUGGAAUGUAGCCUGGGGCCUUGCAGUUCUUUUACUUGAAUUGUGUGAGUUAUUGGUGUCUUUGAAAAGCUUUUAUGUUCCCUCAUUCCUAUGAUCAGAAGAAAGAUCCAGGUGUCUGAGUGAAGGACUGUUGAUCCACAUUCCAUCAGACAAUGGAGGCACUUUCAGAAAGCCAAACCCCCCCCUACAAUGUUAUAAUUAAAUGAUGUAAAGAAAUAGUCCCUUAAUAACCCAGUUGUUUCAGCUCCAUAGAACCAUAACUUAAUAUUGCUGCAGAUGGCUACAUGCCUUUUCUUUGCAUUAAAAAAAAAAUCUUCUGUUCAGGAAUGCAAUAAUAAACACAAAAUUACUUCCACGAUUAACAUUUCUCCAUAGAGUUAGUCUUCUCACCAAGUCCUUAGGACUACCAUUUUGUCUCAUACACAAAUUACCUGUGCUUAGUUGUUGGAUCUUCUUGAUUUAGUCAUGUGACUUUAAUUAGACUAACAUCUGGUUGUGUUUCUGAUGCCACCUGGAAACUUACUAACUGAAGUGAUAGAGGUAAACCAGUUAAAAUGAAGCUCUAUGUAUGUAUAUAUAUAUUAUAUAUAUAUACACACACACACAUUACAUAUAGAUAAAUGUUCUUAUAUUUUCAUCCUUUGAUAUUAUAAAUUGGGACUUGAAAAAUAUAUAUUUUUGUGUGUGUGUGGGUCAAGGAGGAGAAAAUAAAUUCUUAAUAAUGACAUGGUGGGGCGGCUAGGUGGCGCAGUGGAUAAAGCACCGGCCCUGAAUUCAG